AUGGGGCGCCGGGUCCAGCCUGUUGCUGAUGCUGCCCUGCGGUACUCGUCAUGGAGCUGGCACUGCGGCGCUCUCCAGUCCCGGGGUGGUUGCUGCUGCUGCCGCUGCUGCUAGGCCUGAGCGCAGGAGCUGUCAUUGACUGGCCCACAGAGGAGGGCAAGGAAGUAUGGGGUUACGUGACCGUCCGCAAGGAUGCCUACAUGUUCUGGUGGCUCUAUUAUGCCACCAGCUCCUGCAAGAACUUCUCAGAACUGCCCCUGGUCAUGUGGCUUCAGGGCGGUCCAGGGGGUUCCAGCACUGGAUUUGGAAACUUUGAGGAAAUUGGGCCCCUUGACAGCGAUCUCAAACCCCGGAAAACCACCUGGCUCCAGGCCGCCAGUCUCCUAUUUGUGGAUAAUCCUGUGGGCACUGGGUUCAGUUACGUGAAUGGUAGUGGUGCCUAUGCCAAGGACCUAGCUACGGUGGCUUCAGACAUGAUGGUUCUCCUGAAGACCUUCUUCGAUUGCCACAAAGAAUUCCAGACAGUUCCAUUCUACAUUUUCUCAGAGUCCUAUGGAGGAAAAAUGGCAGCUGGCAUUGGUCUAGAGCUUUAUAAGGCCGUUCAUCAAGGGACCAUCAAGUGCAACUUUGCCGGGGUUGCCUUGGGCGAUUCCUGGAUCUCCCCUGUUGAUUCGGUGCUCUCCUGGGGACCUUACCUGUACAGCAUGUCUCUUCUCGAAGACAAAGGUCUGGCAGAGGUGUCCGAGGUUGCAGAGCAAGUCCUGAGUGCUGUAAAUAAAGGGCUCUACAGAGAGGCCACAGAGCUGUGGGGGAAAGCAGAAAAGAUCAUUGAACAGAACACAGACGGGGUGAACUUCUAUAACAUCUUAACUAAAAGCACUCCCACGUCAACAGUGGAGUCGAGUCUAGAAUUCACACAGAGCUACCUAGGCCAGGCUGCCAACGUCUUUGUGAACAUGGAGGAGGACUUCAUGAAGCCAGUCAUUAGCAUUGUGGACAAGUUGCUGAAGGCAGGGAUCAACGUGACCGUGUAUAAUGGACAGCUUGAUCUCAUCGUAGAUACCAUGGGUCAGGAGGCCUGGCUGCGGAAACUGAAGUGGCCAGAACUGCCUAAAUUCAGUCAGCUGAAGUGGAAGGCCCUGCACAGUGACCCUAAAUCUUUGGAAACGUCUGCUUUUGUUAAGUCCCACAAGAACCUGGCUUUCUACUGGAUUCUGAGAGCUGGUCACAUGGUUCCUUCUGACCAAGGGGACAUGGCUCUGAAGAUGAUGAGACUGGUGACUCAGCAAGAAUAGGGUGAAUGGGGCUGGAGAUGAGCUGGUUUGUUUGGCCUUGGGGCACAGAGCUGAGCUGAGGCCACCGAAGCUGUAGGAAGCUGAAGCUUUAGGAAGCGCCAUUCUUCCCUGUAUCUACCUGAGUGAUCAAGAAGGUUCUGACCAGUUGCCGCAGAGGAUAAAAAUCAUUGUCUCUGGAGGCAAUUUGGAAAUUAUUUCUGCUGCUUAAAAAACCUAAGAUUUUUUUAAAAAAUGGAUUUGUUUUAAUCAAAAUGAAGGAUGAUAAUAAUAGAUUAUUACUUUUUCUUAUGACAGAAGCAAAUGAUGUGAUUUAUAGAAAAACUGGGAAAUACAGGUACACAAAAAAUAAAUCAACACCUGUAUACCCCCUUCCCAGGGUUACCAAUUUAGCAUAUGUCCUUGCAGAUUUUUUUUUUUUUUUUGCUAUAUAUACAUAUAUAUUUUUUACCAAAAUGAAUCAUUACUGUAUGUUGUUUCACUAUUUGUUUGACAUAUCAGUAUAUCCAAAACACCUUUUCAUGUCAAUAAAUGUUCUUCUAUAACAUUUUUAA